AUCGAUAUAAAUAAAGACCGACCGUGAAGAAGACACAGUUGUUCAAACUCAGCGAAUCACAACACUCUGGUUCCAAUAUCAAAACACCUACAUCAAGAUGAAUCGCGCGCUGUUGAUAUUUCUCUGUCUGACCGCACUUAUGGUGGCGGUUUCCGGCAGGGUGCACUAUCAAGACGUAAACGAGGGCAAAUAUUACGUGGACCCUAAUAAUGACGGACGAUACUACCAUGAGUCUGGUGAUGGUCGAUAUCACCAUGACAAUUCCGGUCAGUACAAUCACGAUGGUACCGGACGCUAUGCCCACGAUGGUACCGGUCGAUAUGCCCACGAUCACAGCGGACAUUACGUCUAUGACGGCAGCGGCCAAUAUGUCGAAUAUGCAAAACCAACGCCUAGGCCUUACGAUGAAGGUAAAUUGAAGCAAUGGUGCAAGGACUACAAGGAUGCAGGACUUUAUCAUUACAAAUACGCGGUCCCUGAUCCUGAUGACAUAGUUGCCGAAGAGUGCGCGAAAAUCUUCCAGGAAGAAUACGGCGAACAACUUCGAGUCAAGGGGUAUUUUAAAUAUUUCGGUGACGACGGUGAAAAGUAUAUCGUAGAUUACACGGCCGACGAAAACGGUUUUAUUCCUGACGGAAAUAAUUUGCACCCGGCUCUUCUAGCCGCUUUGAAAUACCACAAAACGCAAGGGAAGGUACAUCAGAGCGGUGUCCCUACACCGGGUCAAGCGGCAGCAGCUUCUGGAAAACGAUUCCAAGUGUUCAAAGGUUUCCAACCCUACUACUUUAGCAAAAAUCCCAAAAUUCCAAACCCAAAAGCUUAAACAUCGAUAAGACUUUGCCAGCUGUAUUUUCUGUGUUACUUAAGGAUAGGUCUUAUUUAUUAAAUGUUAUAAUGCGCAUUAUAAAACGGUUUAUUUAGUAAUCUACGACGUUCAAUUAAUUUUCUAAUAUCAUCGCCAAUUUUGUAUGUCACUUGACAAAGCAUUGUAUCUCUUCACCACAUUAUUUAUUUUAAUAAUAGAUAUUUUAUUAUUAAUGAAAUUUAAAGAGCUUUUUGUGACCAUUAAUGCAUGUAUUAUAUUAUGUACACCGAUAAAUAUAUGUUGUUUUUCAAA